UACAGUAAGGUGACGAAUCUAAUCGGUAAACUUUUCUGUUCGCCAUACAGAGAGACAAACAGCUAGUGUGUGUUUACUACGGUGCUCUGCUGCUUCAUCGACAGCAAUUUAAAACAUCCAACAUGCAAAUGAAACUAACGCACUAGUGUAAAAAGAAAAGAUGGAGGACGUGGCCUCCACUCCGGUUCUCGCAGGUCCAUCCCAAGCCACGUUUUCCCAUCCAACUACCUCGGCGCGGCGUAACAGGAAGUCUGGUACAGCUAACAUUUUCCAGGGGGUGAACCUGAAGCAGCUCAGACGUCUGUUCCAUGCAGCGGGUGAACCAGACGCCGAGCAGAAAGCCAGGAUGGUUUGGGGAAACCGGAGACUGGGAAGCAGCGAGGACGGAGUGGACGGGGAGGAGGAAGAAGAGAAUGGAGGGAUGAAGGAGGUGGAAACGGGCCUUGCCCAGGCACUGGUGGGACUAAAGGUCCGAGCUCGGAACAGAAACGGAAUCAGGGAGUCUCACAAGGACACUGCGGGAACAAGAUGGGUCAGGGCGUUUGGUCACCUCAAAAUCAACGAAGGGUCACUAGGAAAACCAUCUGAAGUCACAACCGGAGAUGACGCUGAUGAAAAUGAAGAUGACGCAUCAGCUCUAGGCGCCUGUGGAGGGCAGAGCACAUUUGAGGCCGCAUCAUGUGACCAAGAUGACUUCCGGUCCCCGGAGGAUGAGGGUCAGGGGCCGUCCGGUGGGCCCAGAUGGAGUUGGAAUGCCAUUCAAGAGAAAGACCCAGAACGCUACCUGCACCGGAUCCGACACUGACACUGUUGGCGGGAAGUGGGAUUAUCGCUGACUGCUAAAUGCAUGGAUUUAGAUUACUGCCUGAGAGAAGGUGGUUGUUCUCAGAUUUACUUGAAACUUAAACGCUAAUCGAGCCAUGAACACUACAGCCCUGCGGGGUUUAGAACAAACUUUAACAGCAAAAUCCACGAGUCCUCUACACCUGAGAGUUGUUGUAAAGUGUUGUCUAGUUCUCUAACUACAGGUUUGUGCCAUUUCCUCGUCUUUUGAACGUUAGCACAUUUUCACAUUGCACAAUAGUCGAACACUAUUAUGGAAAUAGUUGAUAGAAAAAUCGGUCAAUUUUUACUCAUCUUCAUGUUACACCAAACCUGUAUGAUACACACUCUUUUGUGUGACACAAAAGAAAAGUUUAGCAGAAGGUUUCGAAAAAAAUGAUGCAAACAAUGAAAGUGAAUCGAGACUUGGGCUAUUGUGUCAUACCAAGUUUAGACUGACUUAAAAUAAUACUACUACUGUUUUUAGCAUGUCUCUAAAAGGGCCUGGUUUCACAGAAAAUGCUUAGCUAAAGCCAGGAUUAGGCCUUAGUUAAAUUAAGACAUUUAAGUCUCUUUUAAAAGCAUGCAUUAGAGACAUUACUGGUGUGUGUUUUUUAAGGGACAUUCCACUUUUUUUGAAAAAUGCUAAUUUUCCAGUUCCCCUAUAUUCGAUAUUUUUCCUAUUUAAAACUUGACUCUUCUGUGUGUACUAAGACGGACAGAAAAUUAAAAGUUGCAAUUUUCUAGGCAGAUAUGGCUAGGAACUAUACUCUCAUUCUGGCAUACUAAUCAAGGACUUUGCUGAUGUAACGUGGCGGCAGCAGGUGUAGUAUACCCUGCUAUUGAAAGUAACCAAGGGGACUAUUUUCCGGCAGUACUUAAUAUCAUUGCGCUUCUUGCAGCCACGUUACAGCAGCAAAGUCACUGAUUAUUACGCCAGUUUGAGGGUAUAGUUCCUAGCCAUAUCUGCCUAGAAAAUCACAACUUUACAUUUUCUGUCGGUCUUAGUACAUGAUAUAACUACAAAGUCAAGUUUUAAAUAGGAAAAAUAUCGAAACUCUUUGGUUAUUUUUUAGCGCAAUGCUAAUGGUCUAAUCAGAUUUAAUGGAUUGUGCUAAGCUAUGCUAAAAGUGCUAGCGCCAGACCCGGAGAUCAGCUGAAUGGAUUCCAAAACGGUAAAAAAUCAAAUGUUGAACUCUGGGGAGCCAGAAAAUGAGCAUAUUUUCCAAAAAAAAAAAAGGGAGUGUCCCUUUGAAACCGGAGGAAAGUGAUAGUUCACCGAAAAUUUUUAAUAAUUUACUCAUCAUUUUGUUCCAAACCUGUAAAAAUGUCUUUGUUUUGAACACAAAUUAAGAUAUUUUGAAAAUGUUUUUUUGGGGCACCAUUCACUUCCAUAGUAUUAUUCUUCCCUAUAGUGCAAGUCAAUGGUGCCCCAGAUCUGCUUGGUUACAAACAUUGCUCAAAAUAUCUUCAGCAGAACAAAGACAUUUAUACAGGCUGGCAAAUAACAUGAGCCAAAUGAUGGCAGAAUUUUCAUUUUUCAGUGAACUGUCCCUUUAAGAUCUACAGUGGAAAGUAAAGUUUAACCCUUUAAUGAUGCUAAAAUAGCCCAUGUUGCCAUUCAGUUUCAUAUUAUUUGUUCUCACUGUUAAAAACUUCCACAGAUACAAACCUUGAAAUUUUCAUUUCUAAGGUAAACUACUUCGAAUCUGAACACAAAAUUAUGACUCUAUGCUUAUCAAAGCUUCCAGAGGCUCAGCCUCCUGUGUUUCAUUUAUAUGAAUGUGUUGGGCAAGAGAGUCUGGGUUUUCUAUUAUUUAAUGAUACAUGCAUGUUAUUUUUAGUGAUGUAUAUUGAGCGAUAUAUACAUUGAAUUUCCUGCUGUAGCGGAGUUCACUCUUGGUCAUUAUAGUGUUGUUUUAUAUACAAAUAGUUUGUGAUAAUAUGUAAAUAAUGCAUUAGAACUGUAAUAUCACCAGUAGCUGAAGUUGUAUAACUGAACUCUAAUCCUUAUUACAGAUUAUUUAACAUUUUCAGAAGCAAUACAGAUUCAAACAUGUAGCUGACAUCUUAAAACAAACUCUUCCCGAUUCAACUGUUGCAUCAGGGUUCAAAAGUACAACUACAUGUGUAACACUACAUGUGUGAGAAUAAGAAUUAUUUUUCUCAUUGUCAAAAGCUGGAACUUCAAAAUAAAAUAAAAGGUUUUUUAAA